UGCGUGACUUCGUUGUGCCCAGGGUCCCCCGUGCUCAGCCAACCGGCCCUGUCAUCGACCGUCCUCUCCGACGACACGAGCCGUGACCUGGGUUCAUGGAUAGCCGACAUCCUGCACGAGUUCCCGCACAUCUCCUACCGCCUGCAGCUGGUGGGAGACCGUUUUGACCCGAGCGAGAGUGAAUACCUUCAGUCGGUGUCGACCUUCGCGGUGCCCUUCGCCUGCCUGGGGGCGCUGUUGUUCGUGGUGGGAUCGGCCUACGCCAUCUAUCGCUGCGCGUGCACCGACCCCAAUGCCGAAUACCGACUUGCGUGCGGCCCGGGGAUCUGGGGCUCGGUCGAGGUCACCCGCAGCGGACCUGACAUCGCCGAUCGGAUCCAGGAGAGCACCGAUUUCCUCGUGGACAACGCUGAGGGCGUGAACUACUCAAUCAUCCAGCUCUCGAACUACCUGAACGGCACCUACAGCUCGGCCUCCAAUGCCCUGAGCAACGCCUACGCCAUGCAGAGUGAUCUCAACGAGUACAAGGAUCACAUGCUCACGGCCGAACUCGUGAGGAAUAUCGUGGUCGUCUGUCUCUUCGGCGGGAUCGUGUUGGCCUGCACGCUGGGCCUGCUCGCUGCCCUCUUCGGCUGGGGCGCUCCUUCCCUGAUGAUGGUGUUCAUGCUGUGGCUCCUGCUCUCCUUCGCCUGGUUCAUGUGCGGCGUGCACAUGUCCAUUGGCGUGGCCGAUGUGUGCGAGACGGGCGACGACUUUUUCACGUACAACUACUUCAAGUCUAACGAAUCCGUCGCCUUUGUCAAGUACUACAUGCUCUGCAACUCCUCGAUGCCCUACGAGAACCUCCAGGCCGAUGGACGGAACCUCUUCAUCCGGGCCAACGAGAGCUACUAUGAGGCGCUGGCCAAUAACAACACCGAGGAGGCCCAGACCUGGCUGCAGGUGCGCAACCAAACGCAGGAGCUGCUGGGCAACGUGGCGGCCCUGGCCGACUGCAGCAGGACGUCGAGCGACUACGCCGAGUCCAAGGACAGGCUCUGCAGCGAUGUCAUUGUGGGCCUGAGUACGAUGGUGGGGAUGUGGAUCUUCAUCGGCCUGUUGGGCCUCGCCGCCAUGCCGAUCGGCGUUGCCGGCUACAAGCAAUUCCCGCUUCCUCUCUGGUAUGAGGAGUUUGGGUCGGAGCUCGUGCUGACGAGAGAGGAGAAGAACUACUACCCCGAGCUCGCCCCCAUCAAUUUUGACUAG